GUACGAACAUACCUGACAAAAAAGCUCUUUCUGAUUCUGAUUCCAAUAUAUAAAUAAAACCUGAUAUCACAGGCCAGUUUACCUUAGAUUGAUAGUGGACAUUACCACAGUGUCAAAUAAACACUUCUCAUGGGUAUAUGUUUCUUACCUUAUUUAUGUUUCUUACCUUCUUUAUCAGUUCAUAUUUUCUGAGUUUAUCACACAAAACCAAGAUAAGCGUGUUAAGAAGCAAAUGUCACCCCAUCCUGACUGAAAUAUAACGGUAGCCCUGACUCUGUUACAUGAAAGCAAGUUAAAAAUUAAGCUAAUGCAAAGCUAAAUUAAGUUUCUACAUUCUAAAGCUCUUAAUGUAGUUUAAACAUUUUUAAGAAAAUAUAAAGUCAACCCAAAACACUUCAUAAAAGGUGCACUACCAAAUCAAACCACCUAUUUCUCCUGACUGAACAACCGCAUUUCUUCUGAACCGACAGGCAGCCAAUCAGCUUUCUCAGAGCCAGCUACAGGCAGCCAAUCAGCUUUCGCUAAUCAGCGUGCAGGCAAAGCUUAUUAUUCUGAGGCGGAGAUCGGAGAGAGCAGCACUUUGCUGUUUGACGUUUUAUGUGUUUAAUUCCUCUUCUGUUACGGGUGUUGUUCGUCUGUUCAGAUGAAGCUCUUUCUCCUUCUGCAGUUCAGCUAUAAAUGCAGGAAUAUUCCCAUCAGGCUCAAGUGAAGAGUUUACUGAAGGACAGCGAGAACAUGAGUGAUCCAAAACCCUGCAGAAUUAAACCUGAAGAUACUGAACAACAAAUAGACCUAAUUGAAGAAAAUUGUGUGAGUAAAGAAGAGGAACAUCAUGUCAAAAUUGAGGAAAAAAAUCAUUUACAGACUUGCGGUAUUUUGAAAACAAGAGACGAGAGUCAUUUCAUCUGCACUCAGUGUGGGAAGAGCUUCAGACAAUCAUCAAUCCUUAAUAGACACAUGAAGAUCCACACUGGAGAGAAACCAUUCACAUGCACUGAGUGUGGGAAGAGUUGUAGAGGAAAAGGCGAUCUUAAGAUUCACAUGAGGAUCCACACUGGAGAGAAACCAUUCACCUGCACUCAGUGUGGGAAGAAUUUCAGACAAAUUUCAAACCUUAAUCAACACAUGAUGAUCCACACUGGAGAGAAACCAUUCACAUGUUCUCAGUGUGGGAAGAGCUUCAGCCAACCAUUACACCUUAAACUACACAUGAAUAUCCACACUGGAGAGAAACAAUUCACCUGCACUCGGUGUGGGAAGAGCUUCAGCCAAUCAUCACUCCUUAAUAAACACAUGAAGAUCCACACUGGAGAGAAACCAUUCACAUGUUCUCAGUGUGGGAAGGGCUUUAUCUUCUCAUCAUACCUUAGUAAACACAUGAGAAUCCACACUGGAGAGAAACCGUUCAUAUGCACUCAGUGUGGGAAGAGUUUCUGCCAGUCAUCACAAUUCACUCAACACAUGAGGAUCCACACCGGAGAGAAACCGUUCACAUGUUCUCAGUGUGGGAAGGGAUUUAGCCAAUCAUCGAACCUUAAUAAGCACAUGAGGAUCCACACUGGAGAAAGACCGUUCAUUUGCGCUCAGUGUGGGAAGAGUUUCUGCCAGUCAUCACAGCUUAAUCAACACAUGAUUAUCCACACCACAGAGCAACCAUUCAUAUGCACUCAGUGUGGGAAGAGCUUUUGUCAAUCUUCACUCCUUAAUCUACACCUGAGGAUCCACGCUGGAGAGAAACCAUUCACAUGUACUCAGUGUGGGAAGAGUUUCAGCCGAUCAUCCAACCUUAAUCAGCACAUGAAGAUUCACACUGGAGAGAAACCAUUCACAUGCACUCAGUGUGGGAAGAAAUUCAGCCGAUCAUCAUCCCUUAAUCAACACAUGAGGAACCACACUGGAGAGAAACCAUUCAGCUGCACUCAGUGUGGGAAGAGUUUCAGACAUAUAUCGACCCUUAAUAAACACAAGAAAAUCCACACUGGAGAGAAACCAUUCACAUGCACUCAGUGUGGAAAGAGUUUCAGCCAGUCAUCACAAUUUAAUCAACACAGGAGGAUCCACACCGGAGAGAAACCGUUCACAUGCACUGAGUGUGGGACGAAUUUCAGCCGGUCUUCAAACCUUAAACUACACAUGAAGAUCCACACUGGAGAAAAACCAUUCACCUGCACUCAGUGUGGGAAGGGUUUCAGACAAAUAUCAAGACUUAAUAAACACAAGGAAAUUCACACUGGAGAGAAACCGUUCACUUGCACUCAGUGUGGGAAGAGUUUCGUUUUUUCAACAAGUCUUAAUAAACACAUGAAGGUCCACACUGGAGUGAAACCAUACACAUGCACUCAGUGUGGGAAGAGUUUCAGCGUCUCAUCAAACCUUUAUAGACACAUGAGGAUUCACACUGGAGAGAAACCAUUCACAUGUUCUCAGUGUGGGAAGAGCUUCAGCAUCUCGUCAAACCUUCAUCAACACAUGAAGGUCCACACUGGAGAGAAACCAUUCAUAUGUUCUCAGUGUGGGAAGAGCUUCAGCCAGUUAGCACAACUUAAUCAACAUGUGAUUAUCCACACUGGAGAGAAACCAUACACAUGCACUCAGUGUGGGAAAACCUUCAGCCAGUCUUCACACCUUAAACUACACAGUAAUGUCCACACUGGAGAGAAACCAUACGCGUGCACUCAGUGUGGGAAGAGUUUCAGCCAACCAUCCAACCUUAAGCAACACCUAAGGAUCCACACUGGAGAGAAACCGUACACAUGCCCUCAGUGUGGAAGGAGUUUCAACCAUUCAUCAUCGAUUAAUCUACACAUGAGGAUCCACACUGGAGAGAAACCAUACUCAUGCACUCAGUGUGGGAAAAGCUUUAGCCAAUCAUCAUCCCUAAAUAAACACAUGAUGAUCCACACUGGAGAGAAACCGUUUACAUGCACUCAGUGUGGGAAGGGCUUUAGCCAAUCAUCAAACCUUAAUAGACACAUGAAGAUCCACACUGGAGAGAAACCAUUCACCUGCACUCAGUGUGGGAAGAGUUUUUGCCAGUUAUCACAACUUGUUCCACACAUGAGGAUCCACACUGGAGAGAAACCAUUGACAUGCACUCACUGUGGGAAGAGCUUCAGACAAAUAUCGACCCUUAAUAAACACAAGAAAAUCCACACUGGGGAGAAACCAUUCAGAUGCACUCAGUGUGGGAAGAGUUUCAUCUUCUCAUCAAACUAUAAUAAGCACAUGAGGAUCCACACUGGAGAGAAACCGUUCACUUGUUCUCAGUGUGGGAAGAGUUUCAGCGUCUCGUCAAACCUUAAUCAACACAUGAGGAUCCACACUGGGGAGAAACCAUACACAUGCACUCACUGUGGGAAGAGCUUCAGCCAAUCUUCACAUCUUAAACUACACAUGAGGAUCCACACUGGAGAGAAACCAUUCACCUGCACUCAGUGUGGGAAGAGUUUCGGCCGAUCAUCCAACCUUAAUCAACACAUGAGGAGCCACACUGGGGAGAAACCAUUCACAUGCACUCUGUGUGGGAAGAGUUUCAGCCAUUCAUCAAACCUCAACAAACACAUGAAGAUCCAUCCUGAAGAGAAACCAUUCAGAUGCACUCAGUGUGGGAAGAGCUUCAGCCAAUUAUCAAACCUUAAUAAACACACAAAGAUCCACACUGGAGAGAAACCAUUCACAUGCACUCUGUGUGGAAAGAGCUUCAUCUUCUCAUCAAACCUUAAUAAACACAUGAAGACCCACACUGGAGAGAACCCACUGACAUGCACUCAGUGUGGGAAGAGCUUCAGCCAAUCAUCAAACCUUAAUAAACACAUGAAGAUCCACACUGGAGAGAAACCAUACGCAUGCACUGAGUGUGGGAAGAGUUUCAUCUUCUUAUCAAACCUUAAUAUACACAUGAAGGUCCACUCUGGAGAGAAACCAUUCACGUGUUCUCAGUGUGGGAAGAGUUUUAGUCGAUCAUCCAACCUUAAUCAACACAUGAAGAUCCACACUGAAGAGAGACCAUUCACGUGCACUCAGUGUGGGAAGUCGUUUGAUAAGAGUUAUGAUCUUAAGAUUCACACAAGGAUCCACACUGGAGAGAAACCAUUCACCUGCACUCAGUGUGGGAAGAGCUUCAGCGUCUUGUCAAACCUUAAUAAACACAAGAGGAUCCACACCGAAGAGAAACCAUUCACAUGUUCUCAGUGUGGGAAGAGCUUUAGCCAAUUAUCAAACCUUAAUCGACACAUGAGGAUGCACACUGAAGAGAAACCAUUCACCUGCUCUCAGUGUGGGAAGAGCUUCAGCCAAUCAUCAAACCUUAGUCAACACAUGAUGAUUCACACUGGAGAGAAACCAUUUAGAUGCACUCAAUGUGGAAAGAGUUUCGGCCAAUCAUCAAUCCUUAAUAGACACAUAAAGAUACACACUGGAGAGAAACCAUUCACAUGCACUCAGUGUGGGAAGAGCUUCAUUUGCUUAUCAAGUCUUAAUAAACACAUGAAGAUCCACACCGGAGAGAGACCAUUCACAUGCACUCAGUGUGGGAAGAGUUUUUGCCAGUUAUCACAACUUACUCAACACAUAAAGAUGCACACUGGUGAGAAACCAUUCACAUGCACUCACUGUGGGAAGAGUUUCAUCUUCCCAUCAAGCUUGACUCAACACAUGAGGACGCACACUGGUGAGAAACCAUUCACAUGCACUCAGUGUUGGAAGAGCUUCAGCGUCUCGUCAAACCUUUAUCAACACAUGAAGGUCCACACUGGAGAGAAACCAUUCACAUGCACUCACUGUGGGACGAGUUUCAUCCAGUUAUCACAACUUAAUCAACACAUGAAGAUCCACACCGGAGAGAGACCAUUCACAUGCACUCAGUGUGGGAAGAGUUACAGUCGAUCAUUCAAUCUUAAUAAACACAUGAGGCUCCACACUGGAGAGAAACCAUUCACAUGCACUUAGUAGUCACGUUUCCACUAUCGCGCCUGAAGCGAGCGAGCCAGGGCCAGUCGUGUUUCCACUGUCACUUCCGGGGCCUGAUCGGGCCAAAGUGGGGCUUUCUCUGGGCCAGCAAUCAGCCUUUUUUGGCCUGACGAAUACUUUGGGCCAAAGAGGGCCAGCUGGGGCUUUGAGGCAGAGUGAAAGGAGAGGCGGAGUUUGCCUGAGUCUGGUAAAGAUGGCAUCCCAUCAUUACACUAGUUUUCCGAUCGCACUUGAGUACAUGCGCCAAACAAACAAAUAAAUUAGUGGGCUAAGGGAAAGAAAACAGCUGGCUACACUAUAUAGCACACUAUAGGCUAUGUUUUUUGUUGUUAUGAUCGCCCUUGUGUUUCCCUUUUAAAUGUAAGGCUGUUGCAGAAAAUAAUAAAAUUUUAAUUUAUAAGUGAC